AUGGGUUCGCUUAUUCAUGAGCCAAGCACGGACUUUCAUCUGAAGCUAAAUGAACAGUUGUUCCACAUUCCACAUGAGUUGCUUCGUAAGAAUGUAAGACAAGUUCACAAGCUUAUAGAAAGGGAGUCCUCCACACUGCAAAGUUUGUUCAGCGAGUUGAAUGUAUCAUUACAAGCAAACUCUUUGGAUCAAGAUAAGUUAGCUUUAAACAAAUUGAAUGAGAUUAUACGGAAAGUGGACUUGUUUGAGAGGAAAUUGACCAAGAGGGUGGAUGAAGAGUUGAGACUGCUGGAAAGGAUUGACUCAAGAUUGAAGUUCUUUCAUGGACUGCAGAAUGCAAAAGAAUCACAAGAUGUCUCAAAACUGACAGAUUGGUACCAAAAAUACACGAAUGUGCUCAUAGCAGACUAUCUCAUAAGGAAUGAUCAGGUCCAUUUAAAUUCUCUUCAGGAUGAUGAAGAUUCCGUAACGUUGCAGGAUGGGAAGAUGUGGAAUCCCGGUGUAACUUACUUGAAGCAGCAACAGUUGGAAAGCUUGCUAGAUUAUGAUAUCUUACUGGCGGCUAACAGAAUCUCUAAAUCUCUCACGGUCGAUCAUAACUUGGAACCUCUGCUUCAUUGGAUAGGGGAAAACAAGGUUUUCCUGAAGAAGAAUCGCUCUUUUCUGGAAUUUGAAGCACGAUUACAGGAUUACGUGGAAUUGUUGAAAGCUGGUGAUUACAAGAGUGCUAUUGGACGUUUUCAGAAAUUUUUACUGCCUUUUGUUGAAAGCAAUUAUUCAGAUCUGAAGCUGGCUUCAGGCUUACUUGUCUUUAUCAACAGUUGCCGGCAAGAAGAAUCAAAACUACAGGUUAACGACUCUAUCGACCCCCAAAUAAUUACGAAUGACGAGAAUAAUACGGAGCCAAAUCUAAGAUCAAAGGAUGACAUUUAUGAACAUUUCUUCCGGAAAAAAGUUGCUAAGAGAACGAGUACCCCACCGACGGUAAACAAAGUGAUUUUUAAACAAUACAAUAAGAAUGCCGAUCUUGCGCGUUACACAGAUUUAUUGGAUCAAAAGAGGUGGUCAACUCUCAAUGAACUUUUCUCAAAAGAAUAUUAUUCCAUGUACGGUAUUUCACACAAGGAACCCCUGCUUAUGUACCUUUCCCUUGGUAUUUCGACGUUAAAAACAAAGGAAUGUCUACAUCGAAAAGAAUUUGUCUCCUCGGAUAAUCCAAAACUAGAUGAAUACUUGCAGAAGGACGUCCUUGGCACAACAUGUCCUGUUUGCAGUGAAGAAUUUGCUCCAAUUGCCAAGGAUCUGCCCUAUGCACAUCACAUUCAAUCGAAAUUGUUCGAGAAUCCGGUGAUGCUACCCAACGGUAAUAUCUACGAUGCAAAGAAGUUGAAAGCUUUGGCACUUAACUUGAAUCGUUCCAAUCUCGCAGACUUGCAAGAGUUUGAAGUUGUGGAUCCCAUCGACAAGAAAAAAUAUCCAGAGACUGACUUCAUAAAGAUGUACCCGACAUAA